GGAGGAGGCUAGUGGAAAAAGUGCAGUUCGCGCGGGCGCAGCGUGUGCACCGAGCACCGGCUAAGGCAGAGGAGGCCGACGGGGGAUAUGCCGCUGGAGCCGUGUUAGCGAGAAGGCCGGCGGAGGAUCGAGAGGAGUCUUCGAUAAGGCGAUAGGAGCGGGACUGCAUGGGCACGACGAAGGCCCAGCAUCCUCUCGUCCGUGAGGAGCCCGAGGGCCAGGAGGAGCUCGACGCGAGCGGUGUCGAGCCACCCGAGAUGCGGCGCUGCAGGAUUUGUGCGGGCUCGGUCCAGGCCAAGGCCGCUCGGAUAUUUGCCGAUGAGGGAAGACGCCGAAACCUCCAAAGGAACAUCCGCAAGUACUUGUACAUCUCGGUCUCCUCCGAGGACAGAUUACCGAAAAUGGUUUGUGCGCCUUGCAUCGGCAAGUUGGACGGCAUCCACGCAUUCGCUACUAUGGCAUUAAAAACUCAGGAGAGACUGAAACAAGAACUACUCAGGACAACUUCGGGAUUAGUCGUUACUGUCGACUGCCUGGACAAUUCCGAUAGUUCCCUAAAUAAACUUGGAGAUCGUGGCCUUCUGCACUCGAUAUUAACAAAAGGAUCUGUUGAAUUAUCAGAUGAUACGGAACGGGUACAAGGACGCCAAAGAACACCAAGUACCGAGGAAAUGGAAGUGAAAGUUGACCCAAUGCUUUUUCUCCAAUGUGCUUUAGAACAACCAUCUUCGAUAGAUUAUUCAGAUUUUUCGGAAGACUCCGAUAGAGACGCAAAUUCCUACUGCGCUCAUCCUUCUCAGCCACUAUCAUUGAUUAACAACGAAAUGGAAAAGAGAUGCGAUAACAAUGAGAACGAUGACUUGGAUAUCAUUGAGGACGGUAAAGACGCCGAGAGCGAGGAGGAGGAGGACGAUUUGGAAAACGUCGAGGACCUCACUAACUCCAAAGUCAAACAGCAUGAUUGCAAAAUAUGCGCAAAGUCAUUUAGCUCUCAGAUAGUAUUACAGGAUCAUCUAUGGUCGCAUUUACCAACGACAACGAGCGACAUUCGAGAUUACGUAGAUGACGCCACGUCGAUAUUGCGCAAUGAGAAAGAGUGCGAGGGCGAUGGUGCCCUUAUGUCGCAGAACAACAGCUGCUCCGAGAACAGCCUUCUCAGUGGAAAUUUCAUCUGCCCAAUUUGCAGCAAGAGAAUUUCAACGAAAGGCAAUCUGAAGGUGCACCUGGAAACGCACAGACCUAAAGGGAAAUACGGUUGUGAUAUUUGCGGAAGAAUCUUCAAAACGCACUCGAACCUCUUUCGUCACAAGGAGUACCACAGUGGAAUCCAGUUCCCUUGUGGGGUAUGCGGACGCGUCUAUCCGACGAACUCGACUCUCCGGGCCCACAGCAUCACCCACUCGGAUUUGCGGCCGCACGCCUGUCCGCUCUGCGACAAGACCUUCAAGCGCAACCAGGACCUCAAGUUCCAUAUAAACCAGCACACCGGGGCCAGGCCCUACCAGUGCCCCUACUGCCCCAAGGCCUUCGCCAGCUCCGGCAACUGCUUCUCGCACCGGAAGAGGAUGCACCCGAAGGAGGUACACCGUGACAGACAGCGCGCCGCCGACCUCAUGAGAUGAGUCUCGCUACACGAUUCAGGCUGAGAUGCAGUUGAUAACACAGAGAAAAGACUGCCAGAAUUCUACAACGAGCAUUUAAAUAAUAAUAAUAA